CACACGCACACGACCCGUUCGCGGCGCCCGCCACCAAUAUAUCAAUUUAUUAUUGUUGUUCUCGGGGAAAUUUUUUGGGUAGGGGCUUGAGCGCUUCCACUGCCGCCCGCCGACGCCGCACGCUGCCCGCCGCCGCUGACGCCGAACCGUUUCGGGUGCCCGCGCCGCGCCGACGAGGCGGUUCGCCUCCCCACCAAUUUUUAAUGCGCCGCGCAGUGUACACGGUCGUCGCCCGCGGGCCGCCGGAGCGCAUCAUUUUUUUUCUCUUUUCGUACACUCUUUUUCUAUACGAUUUUUUUUUUAUCGUAAUCCACUAGCACACACACAAACGAGCGCGCUCUCUCACACACACACACACACACCCGUAGUCUACGUGGCCCGCCGCCGCCGCCGCCGCUGCGCUCGUCCCCGGCCGCGCCGCAGCCCGCAAUAUUAUCCGUGAAACUCUCGUAACCGCCGCCGCAGCACACGGUCGUCCGUUUUUCGCGUACGCCGCCGACGACGUCCGCUGGCGCACAAAACAAUAUUGCGACACGACAAUCGCGCGGUGUUUCCGAUUUUCGUCGUCAUCGCGUCGAUAUCGUGUUAUUUUCACGUCGUAUUAUUAUUAAUUCGGUUUACCGCACAGUGCGGCGUCGACCCUCAAAAAAAACGACGUCGACGACGUUCCAUCUGACGUUUCACUCGGACGACGGCAGCCGCACACCGAUGAUGGCGCACGACGAGGAAGACGAUGCGGCCGCCACCGCGGCCAGCUGCAGGUUGUGCUGCAGGCCUUCGGUGGCCGACGACCAACGGCACCCGAUCGUCACGGCCGCCAACGCCGAGGACGCCGAUGGCUGCGGCGGGACACGCCCCGGCGGCGGCUUGCGCGACACCAUUGUCAAGCACCUGCGGAUACAGGUUUCAGAGGAUGAUGGCUUGUCCAAAAUAGUAUGCUCUGAGUGCUUGACGUUGUUAAACGAGUGGGAACAAUUUUAUGAGAUGUGCUCAAAAAAUAACAACAUGCACCUGAAACAACUAUCGGACGGAGAUGAUAAAAAUGAUGAUGGUGAUGAAUUGGCGAACAAUUUAGUAAUUGACAUAACUGAUGAAGAUGAUGGACAAAGUUAUACAAGCAAAGAUAAAAGCAAGUUGGAUGCACCUAAAAGAUCAUUCCUUGGAGAACCAUCACCUGAAGAUUAUGUACUGAUGAAAGAAGAGACAUUCAAUUUAGAACCAGUUAAGAAUGGACCAACAGGGGUUUUGGGUGAUUAUUUAAUAGAGUACAACAAUUCCAAAAAGUUACCAACCGAUUUGAGUAAUGCAGAUAAAGACAUUGUUGACAAUUUACGCAUCCGAAGAGAAGUUUUACCAUCCAUGUGGGAUGUAUUUGAAAAAACAAUCGAAAAGCUAAAAUCUGGAGAGUCGUGUACUACACUAGUAACUCAUAGGCGUUAUAUUAUCAACAAAGGUGCAUUUCCUUGUUCAUUGUGUGGUGAAUGUUACGAGUUUGAUCAGGGCGUUUGUCGUGAUGAAGAAGAACCUCAACCACCAGUUGAAGUUGACAUCCAACAACGCCUAUUCAUCUGUCCUACCUGUGGGAAAUCUUUCCCUCGUCGUAGCUCAUGGAAACGUCAUCAAAUGACUCAUGAAGAUGUGAAACCAUAUGUAUGUCGAAUUUGCACAAGCGGCUUCAAUCGCAAAGAACAUCUGAUGCGCCACAUGUUGUCGCAUAGCACGGUUAGACCAUUUCCGUGCGAACGGUGUGGUAAACGUUUUAUACGUAAAGAACAUUUAGCCAGACAUCUUUUGUGCAUACCAAGUUGUUCUAAUUCGUCUGACAUGCCAAGACCCUUCUGUUGUGAUAUUUGCAAACAGAGAUUUGUGCGUAAGGAACAUCUAUUCAGACAUAGAAAACGAGCUCACGAACAUGCAUUAAUUUUGGAUAAUCAAUUAGAAGAAAAACCAUUUGUGUGUUGGCAGUGUGGAAAAUGUUUCACCCGCUAUGAACAUCUGCGCAAACAUUUGGAUAUCCACAACGGUAUUAUUCCAUCAUCUUCAACAGAAAUACUUCCUGAAGUGACUCUUUCAGAAAUAAAGCCCCAAGAAACCUCAGUAGAUAUCAAAACAGAAAAUUUAUCUGAUUCUGAAGGUGAAUCUGAAGUACUCCCUCCUGUGAGUGUGCUUGAACUCAACGAACAACAACCAGAACAAGGUAGACCAAAACCAAGUACGCUUUGUACUAUUUGCAAAAAGACCUUCUCUCGCCGUAGUCAUUUGUUACGCCAUCUGAAGCGUAUACACAAAGUAGAACCAGUGUUGACCAGGAGACGAGUACACAAAUCUGGUGACGAAAACGGAAAUUCUAUAGAGGAAACUAAAUGGGAAUGUCAUACGUGUGGGAAGACAUUUUCCAGACAAGCUCAUCUUGAGAGGCAUGAAAAAAAUUUGCACAGUGAAGAGCGUAUGGUGCCUGCCCCAUAUGAAUGUGUGUCUUGCGGCCAAGCCUUUUUCGAUAGUAAUUUACUCAAUCAGCAUAUGGCAACACAUGGGAAUACUGUGACUGAUAAUUUUGUUUGGAUGUGAUAUGGUUAAGUAUUGGGGGGUUUUUUUUUCUUGAUUUUGAGUGUUGUAAACACUUUACAUAAAUGUAAACUAUCGACUUGGCAGCAUUAUAAAUUAUGUUACAACAUAGAACGUUUUAUAAAUACGUAAAACUUAACAUAUCAAUAUAGUCUGGCAGUCGAUUGACAUACUAAAAAAAAAGAAUUAAUAAAUGAAUCAGUUUAACUAUCAAUAUUGUUCCCUUAUUAGUUUCAAAUGAUGGCCGUGUUAUGUUGCAAUUAGUUUUAUUCUAUUGGCUGGAGUUCUUGACAAGCUAAUAUUUUUAUUUUUAUUAUUAUAUGUAUACAGAAUGGCCUACCAUGAUUUCCUGUUUUCCUAUGUUAGUUAAAUGAAAAAUUGGUUAACACAGUGGGCCACUGUACAUAUUUUAUAUAAUUUUAACAUAUUUUAUAUCAUUUUAACAUAUUUUAUAUCAUUUUAACACAUUUUUGUUUAUUUUGUUAUCUACAGUGUAGCCUAUUCGGACCAAAAGUCAAACAAAGGCUGUAAAAUAAUAAAUUAAGUAAAAAAAAAUAUUUAAUAAAAACAUAGUUAUUGUGUGUUAACAAUCAUUGGCAUUAUAUUUACCAAAUUGAGAAAUUUUUUGUUUACCAAUACAGAAAGCUUUUCCAAAAAUAAUAUUAAAUACUUCAUUGAUUUAUCUUAUUGUUAUUACAUAAUAUUAUACAGGGUGGAUUUUUAGUCCGUUAAAGAAAAUACUUGAUAUUUUAUUAUAUUUGUCUUAAUCUUGUUUAAUUUUUUAAAUUCUACAAUACUGUUCAGAUUUUAAAGUUUUAUUUAAUUAAUAAUAAUUAAUAAUUAAUUUCAUUAUUACUUUUGGACUUAUUUGUUGAAUUUGUUAAUUCCGAAAAUUGUGUAUAGAAAAAAAUGAAAUGGACGGGUACUAAUAGUUUUGAUUUUGACAUGUUUUAUUUAAUCAUCAAUAACAUAAUAUUUUAACCUUGAAAGAAACGUGAUAUUUAGCUUUUUAUUAUUUCAGUCUUCAAAUGCGGUAGAUGAAAUAAUAAUUUUAACAAUAUUUAAGUAGAAUCAAUUGUCCAUUAUGAAAAUUUUAAUAUUAUAUUAUACUGUAUUCACUGUUUACCUUGUUUAUUGUAACGUGGUUAUGUUUUGUUUUUUUUCUUCAACAUUUUUAUUAUUAUUAUUACUUACCAAGGUGGUUUUUAUUUAUCAUAUUUUAUAUAAAUACGUUUAAUUUUAAUUAAGUAUAGUAUUUAAAAAUAGUUGUCGUAUCACCAUUUAUGUAAGUACCUUAUUAAAAUCUCGACACAUUUAAAAUGUUUUAAAUUAUGAAUUUUAUUUGGUAUCGAAACACAUAUUCUUCAUUGGUAAUGUGGCAAAUUAAACUCCAACAUAAAACAGUUUUGAUCACUGUUUUUUUUUAAUAAUCUAGUUUCAUUAUUUUAAUGUGUAAAUCUUUUAUUUAUCUUGGUUAUGACAACUAUUUCUUGGACAUUUGUGUACUACUUUAUUAUUAUAAUUUAUUAUCAUAUUCUAUAUAUAUUUGUAUUAGAUAUUUAAGACAAAAAUGUUCUCUGGAGAUGGUGGGUUUUGGGUUUAUUUUUGUUUUUUAUCUACACGUUUGCUCAAUUUCCAUUUUACACCAAUAACAUGCGUACACACAUGUUAUUGAAUAGAUUUAUUGUUUUUUAUUUGGUUUGUUUCGAUUGUUUCAGAACAAUUUAAAUACAAUACUUGUAACAUUAUUAUUAUUAUUUUUAUUUUAUAUUUUAUAUUUAUUUUGUUUUAUAGUUAUACAAUUAAUGUUAACAUUUAUUAAAGCACUUUUAUAAAUACC